UGCGCAAAAAGGGUGCAAAAGUGCUACUAAUAAUAUACAGGUGAAGCACAAGUGUGUGACUUUCUGUGCUGGUGUGCGUGUGGGUGUGCGUGUGUGAAACUGUGUGGUUUUUACCGUGCGUGCGUGCGUUCCUUUAUCUCGCGUUGCAUUUACCGUGUGCCCGUGCAUGCGUGCGUGAAAAGUAGGCUGUCUUCUUCCCUCCCCCCCCCCAAACCCCCCUUCUUCUACUCGGCAUAGUGACGUUGACGAACUUCUUCGUCACCCCCCCCGCACACUUUCACAUCGGGGGCCCGAUAGCAGGUGAAUCCGUACACCCUCUUCACUAUCAGUCGCUCGCUAAGAGAGCGCAAACAAACGCGGGAGCAAACGCAAAGAGCGAGAGAGUGCGCGCGCGAGAGUACCCGCUUGCUAGCGUAAAGGAGGGAACGGGACAGUAUAGCAAUCGAUUUGUGCUGGAAGAGAAGAGGAAGGUGCUACUGGGGCCCAACCGUACCCGCUAUCAUAAACGCGAGCUUCCAGCCUGAGGGGGGGCUGUCACCAUGCGCCAUGAUGGAGAAAGCGAAACAGCAUAACGCACUGCUCACCUGCCGAGCUGACUAACAGAGAGAAUCCCCAAAACUCCAACACCCCCAACCUCCCCCCAAACACACACCCCCUUGCCCGAACAACCAGAGAGAGCGAGUGAGUGAGAGCGCGGGAGAGCGAACAGGCGCGCGCGCAGGUUUGAAGGAAAAGAGAAACCAUUUCGCUCGCGCACUCCCUACGCCAUCCAUCUUUCAUCCGACAGCGACACACACACGCAGAAAGGCGAACGGGUUCUCUCUCUUUCUCGCUUACACACCACCACAGUCGGUGUGCGUAUCACGAGUCACCAGCCGAGCGUGUGUGUGCGGGCGCGCGCGCGUGCGCUCACACACCAUUAGCGCUAUUCUGGUGCGAGCGAGAGCGCAAAAGCAGGGCUUUUCGGGGGGACAGAAGAGCAAAAAAAAGGCUGAGCGAAAAAUGAUGGCGUACGCAGCAGCAGCAGCAGCAGCAACCGACCAGUAUUAGUGCACACACGGUCCGUUGAAAACAACACUGGCAAGGCAGCGCUGAAGCGCAACGCACCACGGGGUUUUUUUCGUUCGACACGAUUGAACGCGACUGUUCUUUUGGGUUUUAUUAUUUUAUCACACGGCGGACAUGUAAACAGUGCCUAUCAGUGCUUCCGGGUGUGAAACGGUGUGUCGCGGAGCAAACAAAAGCAACAACCAAAAAAAAAUUGCGAAGAGGGGGGAAGCCCAGCGAUAACAACCCCAAGGCGCGCCAAGUUUAAACUGGGUCGGUGCAGAGAAACGCUCGAAGAAAAAGGGAACACACACACACACACGUUCGUUCCCCUUUUUUGCUACUUGUCGUGGAAAUACACCGCAGAAAGCAAACCAAAACAAAAAAAAGAAACGCGAUGUGCUUUGCGAGGCCAACGAUUGAUUGCACGAACAAAAAGAACAGCUGGUUUCGCCCAUUUUCGAUGCGCUGAUCGUGACGAGCUGCCGAGUUCGAUUAGAGCACACUACACUACACACACACACACACAUACACACCACACACACACACAUACACACCACCCACACUCGGCUACACCGUGUCCCAUACAUUUUCCUUUACAAAUUACACACACGCCCACAUACACGUACACGGUCGCUCACACAAACACACCACACACACACACACAUACAGUUUUGGCGUAAUUCCAUAUCCGGCGGUUUGAUUUGCAAUACGUCAUCGAUCGAUCGAGUUGUUGGUUGUUUGUUUUAUUUUCGUUGACGGGUGUGUACGAUCAUCCCUUAAAACGGGAAAAAGGAGUGUGAAGUGAGCACAUUCCACCAUCCUCGCCCCAUCCUCGUACACGUGUGGCGAGACAACAACAAAAAAAGCUCGCCUUCGCAUCCCCCCCCUACACACCCGGCCGAGCGAUAAUCCCGACGAAAACAACAAGAAAAACACAAAAACCAGACGACCAACGCGAUAACGUACACAGCAGCAGCAGCAGCAACAACAAAAGAACAACAGCGACACACAUACAAAGUAAAAAAAAAGACCCGUCGAUCAAACUUCCCGCUACACCGCUAACUCGAGGCAGAGGCUCCAACCUCCGACCCCGCACCCCCCUCCACCCCUCGUUACACCCCGUCGCUCUAAUCACCUAAUCUUCAAAACACACAUACGAAUCACUAGCACACACCCGCACGCACGCACGCACUCUCUCGACUGCGGUUACGCGCGUGUGUGUGUGGUGCGGUGUGUGUGUGUGUGUGUGUGCGCAGCGUGUGUGUGUGUGUCGGAAAGGGGUGGUGAACGCGGGCGGGAAAGAUGAAGAAAUUCACCUUCAAGGGCGUUUUGGACGGGUUUCGGUCGUCGGUCAACCAGCAGACACCGGCAGGUGGCGGAUCGGCCAAAAUUUGCGUCGAGCAGGAGAUACAGGAAACGCUCCGUUCGGAACACUUUCAGCUGAAAAAGACCUUUCGCCAUGGCUUUCCGUACUCCCCGACGGCGCUGGCCUUCGAUCCCGUUCAGCGAAUUUUGGCCGUGGGAGACAAGUUUGGCUCCAUGCGGCUAUUGGGCAAGUUCGGUGUGGAUGCCCACGUGAAGCACGAGGGCGAAUCGGCCUGUGCCGUGAAUCUGAUUGAGUUCCUGGUAAACGAGGGCUGCCUGGUGACGGCCACCGCCGACGAUACGUUGCAUCUAUGGAAUUUUCACACCAAAAUCCCGAAGGUGGUGCAGAGCCUGAAGUUCCAGCGGGAAAGAAUAUCUCGGCUGCAUCUGCCAAUCGGUACCAAGUGGUUGUACAUUGGAACGGAGAAGGGCAAUACGCACAUCGUCCACGUCGAUUCGUUCACUCUUAGCGGCUACGUUAUCAAUUGGAACAAAGCUAUCGAUCCCAUUCGCAAGACGCACCCUGGCGCAGUGGUUCACCUGUCCGAUAAUCCGCUGGACGCAAACAAGCUGCUAAUAGGAUUCGAGUCCGGUCAAUUAGUGCUGUGGGAUAUGAGAGGUAAAUGUGCGGAAUUUCGCUGGCUGUCGCAAGAGCCGCUCAGCUCCUGCUCCUGGCAUCACGAAGGGAAACACUUCAUAACAUCACACACCGACGGUUCUUUAUGUACGUGGCCUUUGAAACUUUCACCAAAACCCUUAACUCAUAGUUUUCCUCACGCUAAAACGAACAAGGAAGGUAAAACGGAGAGCUGUAACUCUAUUCAGAAAGUCGAAGUGAAAACGAAUAGAAUAGGAGAUCAAUUUACCAUUUUCUCGGGCGGUCUACCAACGGAGAAGUGCAGUCCCAAGUCGCACUGUAUCACCGUCAUGGUGCAGGGCAAAUCGACGACCGUCCUGGAGAUGGAGCACAGCGUAGUCGACUUUGUGACCAUGUGCGAGAGUCCGUGGGUCAGCGACCUGCAAGAACCGUACGCCGUGGCGGUACUGCUGCAGAAUGACCUCGUACUGAUCGAUCUGCUGACGCCCGGCUAUCCCACGUUCGAGUCGCCUUAUUCGAUGGACCUGCACGAGUCGCAGAUCACCUGCUGUACCUACCUGGCCGACUGUCCGUCCGAUCUGGUGCCCGCGUUCUACUCGGUCGGACGGAGCGCGGCCACAAACCGGCGCUCCGGCUACUCCGAGCGCGAGUGGCCGAUCAACGGCGGCGAAUGGCAGCCGACGUCCUGCAGCUAUUCGGAAAUCAUCCUCACCGGCCACCAGGACGGUUCGAUCAAGUUCUGGGACUCCAGUGCCGGUACGCUGCAGGUACUGUACAAGCUGAAGACGUCGAAGAUCUUCGAGAAACCCCGAGUGAGAUCGCUGGACAGCGGCGAGGAGGACCCGUUAGCCAUCUCAAUGCUGUCCCUGUGUGCGGAGUCGAGAAAGCUUUGUGUUGCCUGCAACUGUGGUUAUGUCGUUCUGUUCAAGUUCCGGAGAGCCGAAAGCACCGGGGACAUUGUGGUUUUGGACAUUCCGUUCACCAUGGAAACUUUUACCGAAUUUGAAGGCAGUCCCGAAUGUGAGUUCAUACCUAAAUCACUGCCAAAAACCGUUGACUCAACCGAGAGCGAUAAGAAGAACUGCAGUUUAUUAAAGGUGAAAACUGGACCACAGCGAAAACCUCCCGGGUUUCAAGCUCAGCUGGUAUGCGUUCCGUCGUGGGCGUGCGGCAGUGUGCAGAUAACUGCGCUCACCAUCAACUCCAACUACGGACUCAUGGCGUACGGCAACGAGUACGGCUUAACGAUAGUGGAUAUUGUGAAGAAAACGUGCGUGCUAAACCUGUGCACCCAGGAAAUCUACGGCGCACAGGAUCCGUACUCGCGGACGCCCCGAAGUCCGAAGCGUUUGGAAAAUAGUCAAUCGAAGGACGAUUCAUUGCGUUCCCCUAGUAUAGAUCAGCUCAGCCACGUUGAGCCGGCACGACCGGAACAGAUGGUCGGACCGGUGGGCGAAACGGUGGGUCCCUCGGUACCCAGUCCGGCCGUCGUCCCGUCUUCCUCCUUCGCUACCUGCGCGUCGAGUGGUGCCGCCAUCACCACCAACACCGUGAGGAAGGAACCGGACACAAUGCCGGACGUGGAGGAGCCACCGCCGGUGGUGGUGGCGGCGGCGGUGGCUGGGUUCACCGGUCCUGCGGUACUGGCACAGGCGCAGGCACCACCGGUGGACGAGGCAACGGCGGCGGCACGGAGUGCCAAGAAAUCUUUCAUAGAAUCCCUCCCACUGCCGAAGUGGCUGCGGAGUUUGAAUAAAUUGGAUAACUCAUUCUCGAGAUCUCGUUCAUCUUCUAUGUCAAGCUUAGAAAAUAAUGCAAUGGAGGCUGUGACUUGUUUGGCUUUUGCCGAUAGUUAUGUAAAAAAAAGCGAUCCCUCAAUGGCGUUGCCUACUGCAUGGUUAGGAACCAGUUUAGGAUCGAUCCUAACCAUCUCCCUAUCCAUUCCGGAGAACGAUCUGAGAAAAGCGAACGUGGUCCAGUCGGCACCUACCGGAGCUAUGUUCCGGCUAAAGGGUUCCAUCCUUUCGAUGUCGCUGCUCGACUGUAACGGGGCACUCAUUCCGUAUUCGUUCGAAAGCUGGCGCGAAGAUUCAAAGGACGGCAAAGAAAAGCGGGAAAGGACGCCAACCAAGACAUCAUCCACCAAGAUGAGCCCUACCAAUCCGGACGGUUUGUGCGAUCGGCAAUUUAUUGCGAUCGCGAGCGAGAAGCAGGCGGGCGUAUUCGCGCUACCCAGCCAAAAUUGCGUCUACCGGAAGAAGUUGGUCGAUUUCGAUUUUAUCGUGAAGGCAGAAAUCAUUAGCAUGAAAGAUAGCGUCUGUCUGAUAUGCUACGCUUCGAACGGGCAUCUGAUGGUGUUUACUCUGCCUAGCCUGAAGCCGCUGCUCGAAGUUGAUUUUCUUCCAUUGGCCGAUCUAAGUUUCCAAACCAAGUGUAAACAGGGCGUGGUGGAUCCAAUGCUGUCCAUUUGGGGGCAACAACUUAUAGUCAAUGAAGAUUCGAAUGUGAUUUCACGGACGUUUAGCUUUAGUAACAAGGGCCAUGGAUUGUAUCUAGCCACACCCACCGAAAUCCAAAAAUUUACCGUUUGCCAAGAAUUCAGCCACCAAUACAACAAUAUGCUUGGCGAUCUCUACGUACCUCAUGAAAUGCCGGAAGCACCGAAGGAAAGCUUCUUUAAAGGACUGUUCGGCGGAGGCAUGCGCAACCUCGACCGAGAGGAGCUGUUUGGUGAAUCGAGCGGUAAGGCGAACCGGUCGGUGGCGAAACACAUUCCCGGCCCGAACGCUAACAUCCAGGAUCUGAAUGCUCGGACGACGUCGGUUACGUCGGAGAUUGGUAAGGCGCACCAGCUGAUGCUCGAGCGCGGUGACAAGCUAAGCCAGCUAGAGGAGCGCACCGAGCGGAUGGCUAGCGAGGCGCAACAGUUCUCCAGUUCCGCCCAUCUGCUGAUGAACAAGUAUAAGGACAAAAAGUGGUACCAGUUGUAAAUCCCUAAGGGAGAAGCAAAUUACCGAUCGCUAAGGAUGUUUAAUCGGCGUGCGGAUGCGAAGGAUGCUGGAAAUGAAUAUGUGUGUGUGUGUGUGCACGCUUUUGCGUGGGUGUGUGCAACGCUGUGGUGCAUGAUUGUGACCAUAUCGUUUCAGCUAAUACGAAGAAACCAUCACACAACCAUGCACUGCCGACACAAACAUUCAAAUGUCUACACAAGCACACGCACAGGACGAAGAAAAAACAGACUUCCACGCAUAUGCCGCACACCGGUGGUAGAGAUUGCUAGCCGGUUGCUUAGUUCUACAUCCGGCAUCCCCUUAUUUCGCAAGGGGAGGGAAGAAUGCGAAGUUGGAGGAGAGAUGGACAACAGUGGGGCGGGGGUGCAAAAUGUCUCCACCGGCAUGAACUGGAUGAAGUGAGGAGAUGACAAAAAAAAGACACACCACCACACCACCAAAUACCCUCUUAAUCCAAGCAAGCACACACAUGUUACACAAAGCAAAAUUGAACGGUAAAGCAGCAGCAGAACGAGGGAGGUGGUGGUGGAGAAGAAACGCGAUAAAAAAAAGGAUUAACAAACAAAACAAACAUAAAAGGCGAAAAAGCUAAAACCACAAGCAGAGCAGGGAGCCCCACGUUACACCGUAGAACAUUCUGUUUACUCGUUGAAAAUUUUUAGAACAUAAGCAUUAAAAACAAAACCAGAAAAAAGCUGCGAUUAAAAACGAAGGUAAAGCAAAGAACCACGGGGCAGCAAAAUGAGAAGGCAGAAAGGAGAAAAGCAAGAAAGUGUGGCUGCUGUUUUGAGUAAACAAACAAAAAUCAUUGGAGCAGCUGAUGCAACCAGCAGCUAAAAAAAAAACAACCAGCAAACAUGUUAUAUUAAAUUAUUUUUUAACUUAAUAACGAACAAGAGAAACAAGUGAAAGGGAGCGAAGUUAAGACAGCAAAGCUAAGGAAGAAAACCCAAGUCAUUACUCAGUAAAAUGCAAAAACAAAGCAGAACAAUACAAGUGAGGAGAAGUAAAUGAAUAAGACGUAGUAGCAGACGAAGAAGAAUACACGUAUAGUGAAAGUGUUUGCCAGGCAGUUUUCGGAUCACAAGUGGUGACGCGCCAAGCAAAAAACCAACCAAAACAAAUAAAAAACUAAGGGGUUUUUGCCAGCAUUAAGAUAUAAAAAAAAUCAACAAAAACAAAAAAAAGGGGGAAAAUCAACAGAAAACCAGCAAAGCGCGUACAAGUGGCGCUAUUACACAAAUCAUACACACAACCCACACACACACAACACAUCCAGAACACAUUCGUCUCCGGAUUACUCGGUGUCAUCCCCGGCAACCAAGACAACAUACACACACACACAGACACACCGGGGAGGUAGACACGUAGGCCGGAGAAGAAGCAAAACGUCGGAGAAGAAAUUACAGAAAUUACUGCGCGUUGCGUAUCAUUUGUACAUAGAACAUUUUGAUAUGACGUGUACUGUACAUAUGUUGAGAAAAAUAGCUAUUAUUGAAGAAAAAAAACACAAA